GCGCGCCGCAAAGCACACGGUUGGCUCUGCGGUUCGGGCGCCACCAUGGGCAUGGACGAAGUCCGAGAGUCUCGCCUCAUCGAGCGCGUCAACGCAGCAGAAGAGCGCGCCGCCUUGGCGACGCACAAGGCCAUGGGCGCGGAGCACGUCGCGCGCGCGAUCGAGCUCGCGUCGCGGUCGCGGGAGUCGCGGGACGACGCGCUGCGCGAGGCGUCGAGCGCCCUCGCGGACGCGCAGCAGCGGCUCGCGCAGGCCGCCAAGGAGCGGUCGCGGCUCAAGGACCUGCUCGAGGACGCGCGCGACGCCGAGGCGAGGACGCGCGCCAAGUACGAGCGGCUCCGGCGGCGCCGCGGCGACCGCGGCGCGCCCGACGACGCCGCGCCGGACGAGGCGUCGCGCGCCACCCUCCAGGACAAGUGCGACGCCGCCGCGGCCGCGGCGAAGGAGGCCCUGGGCCGCGCGGCCGAGGAGCGCGCGGCCGCCGUCGCCGCGCAGCGCGAGGCCGACGACGCCAAGGCGGCGACGCGCCUCGCGCUCGAGGCCGCCGACGAGGCGCGCUGCGAGGCCGCCGCGGCGGAGCGCCGCGCGGCCCGCGCCGCGGAGGACUACGAGGACGAGCGGAAGCGCGCCGCGCGCGCGCGGAACGCGGGCGACGAGGCCGCCGCGGCGUUCGACGCGCGCGCCAAGGCCGCGCGCGACGCGGGCGACGCGGCCCUCGCCGAGGAGCGGCGCGCGCGGGCCGCCGCCGAGGCGCGGGCCCUCGCCGCCGAGGCGCGCCUCGCGGCGCGCGACGACGACAGCCGAGGCCGCGCGUCCGCGGACGCGCUGGACCACGCGGUGCUCCGCGGCGGCGGCGGCGGCGACGAGUCGGGCCUCUCCGCGGACGAGGGCACCCUGGCGGAGAGCGACGCGCUGGCCCGCGCGCGCGACGAGGUCGCCGCGCUCCGGGCGCGCCUCGAGGCCGAGGCGCGGGAGAGGCGGGACCUCGCGCGCGACCUCGACGCGGCGCGGCGCGACGCGCGGGGCCCGGCGGACCGGCGGCUCGCGGCGCGCGUGGCCGACCUCGAGGCCGCGCUCGACGCCGCGGGCCGCGACCGGGACCGCGCGCUCGCGGCCGGCGACGCGCUCCGGGCGGAGGUCGCGGGGCUCCGGCGCGCGCCGCCGUCGCCGCGCGCGGCCGUCGACCUCGCGGCGCCGUCGUCCGCGCCCCGCCGCGCCGGCGACGACGCCGGCGAGGAGCUCGCGCGGCUCCGCGCGGAGGCGCGGGCGAAGGACGGCGUCAUCGCCGGGCUCCGCGCCGACGCGGAGGACGCGCGGGCGAAGUACGAAGGGAUGGAGCGGCUCCGCGGCGAGGCCGGCGCGCCCCCCCGGCGCGCCGCGGACCGCGACGACGUCCCGGACCGCGACGACGACGCCCGGGACGCGGACGUCGCCGACCUCCGAGACGACGCCCGCGCGCUCCGGGCCGAGCUCGAGGCCGCCGCGUCGGACCGCGAGGCGCUCCGGCGCGCCGUGGCCGCGCGCGACGCGGAGCUCGAGGCGCUGCGCGACCGGCCGCGCGUCGUCGAGGCGCAGGCGCCCGCGUCGCCGAGCGAGGCCAUGCGGAGCGAGCUCGGCGAGCUGCGCGAGCGGCUCCGCGCGGCGCGGGAGCGGAGCCCCGUGCGCAUGGAGCUCGCGCGGAGCCUGCGCGCGGACCUCGACGCGGCGCGCGCCGAGGCCGCGGCGCUGCGCGAGGACCUCGACGGCCGGCCGGACGCCGGCGAGGCCGCGGCGCUCCGCGAGGCGUUGGCGGCGGCGGAGCGGCGCGUGCCCGCGGCGGACGCGCUCCGGGCCGCCGCCGACGAGGCGAAGCGCAAGGCCGAGGCGUCGCGGCGCAAGGCCGAGGCGCUGCGCCGGGACCUCGACGCCGCGGAGGCGGACGUCGCCGCGGCCGCGACCGCGCGCGACGCCGCGGCCGCGGCGACCGCGGCCGCCCGGGAGGCCGACGCGCGGCGCGACGACGCCGAGGGCGCGGCGCGGGAGGCGCGGGCCGACGCCGAGGCCGCGCGCGCGGACGCGCGCGCCGCGCGCGCGGAGCGGGCCGCGGCCGACGGCCGCGCCGCGGCCGCGCGCGAGGCCGUCGGCGACGUCGAGGAGCGCCUCGAGGAGGCCGAGGCGGCCCUGCGGCGCGCGGACGCGGUGAGCGAGGAGCUGCGCCGCCACCUCGAGGCCGCGCGCGCGGAAAAGUCCGACGCGGAGCGGCGCGCCAAGGCCGCGGCCGGCGACGCGCGCGCCGCGACGGAGGACGCCGUCGAGGAGCUGCGCGCCGAGGGCGCGAAACUCGCGCGCGAGGCCGCGGCGGCCGCGGCGGCGCGGGACGAGGCGCGGGAGACGGUGGCGGCGACGGCCGCGGCGGCGCGCGACGCCGAGGCCGAGGCGGCGCGCGCCGCGGGCGACGCCGCGGGCCUCCGGGCGAAGCUCGCCGAGGCCGCGGCGGCCCUCGCGUCGAGCCGGGCCGCGGCGGAGAGCGCGGCCGAGGAGAGCGCCGAGCUCCGCGCGGAGCUCGCCGCGGCCGCGGACGCCGCCGAGGCCGCGAAAAAACGCAGCGCCGAAGAGACGGCCAAGGCGCUCGAGGCCGCGGAGCAGCUGUUGAAGGACCGCGCCGCCGCCGACGCCGUCAAGGCCCGGGAGCUCGAGGCGCUCAGCAAGUCCUGGGCCGAGGAGCGCGACCGCCUGAGGGACGCGCGCGACUCGCAGCGGGCCAAGUGCGACGACCUCAAGCAGGACCUCCUCGAGGCGCGCGAGGUCAAGGGCGACGUCGUCGCGCUCCGGGCGACGCUCGCGGGCGCCGAGGACGCGCGCGACGCCGCGCGCCGGGGCCUCGCGCUCCACUCGCGGUCGCGGAAGGCGCUCUUCGCGAAGGCGCGCGCGGUCGCGGCGACCGCGCAGGAGCUGCGGACGGUCUUCGCCGUCGGCGACAAGCCCGCGGUGCUCGCGGCCCUCGAGGACGGGCGCAAGUGCCUCGCGGAGACGUCCGCGGGCCUGCUGGAGGCGGCCGCGGCCGCGGACGCGGCGCGCGCGGCGGACGGCGAGAAGCACGCGGCCGCGCUCCGCGCGCUCGACGCCGUCCAGCGCGACGAGGUCGCGCGCACGGUCCAGCUCGAGGGCGCCAAGCACGCCCUCGACCACGGCGACUGGCUCGCGAAAUUGGACGGGGUCAAGGCGGACCACGCGGCCGCGCUCCGCAAGUGGGAGAAGCGCGCGGAGCGCGAGCGCGCGCGCGCGGACGCGGCCGCGGGCGAGCUCGCCAAGCUCCGGAAGACGCACGGCGCGACGGCCGUGGCGCUCGACAAGGCCAAGUACGGCAGCCGGUCGUUGUCGCCGCCGCCGCUGCUGCUGGAGAACGCGCCGCCGCCGGGGGGCGACCGCGCGCCGCUCGCGCUCGCGCCCGCGCCGCCGCGGUCGCCGCUGGGCGAGGAGAACCUCGCGCACGCGCCCGCGACGUCGCGGCCCCGGGGCCAGGCCCGCCGCGGUCCGCCGCGGCGCUCCGCGUCGAGGGACCGGAUCGCGGCCGCGAGCGACGCGGCCUCGUCGACGGGCUUCUCCGGCGCGCGCCUCGGCGGCGUCACGGUCGCCGGCGCGGCGUCGACGAAGGGGUUCGGCGACGGCGACCGCGGCUUCCGGGGCACGGCGUGCUUCGCGAGCCACUCCGUCACGGGGUUCGUCGGCGACGGCCGCGGCGAGACCGCCGGCGCGUUCUCCUUCGCGGGCGGCGACGCCGCGCGCGCCGGCGCCGCCGCCGCCGGCGCGUUCGCGGGCUUGAGCGCGGGCCGCGACGCGACCGAAGGCUUGGGCGCCGCGUGGCGCGCGACCUCGAGGCGCACGGCGUGCUGCUCCGCGGCGACCAAGGCGGGGCCGUACUUGCGGGCGAGCAUCGUCGCCAGGGUGCGCUCGCGGCCCUUGUACUUGGCGAGGAUCGUCGACACCUGGCUCGCCGUCGCGUACUCGGGCUUGUAG